AUGUUCCUCAAGCACCCUCUGAUGCACGAUAGAAUUGAUGGUGGAUUCUAUGAUGGUGCCCCGCUGUGUUGCCCCCUCAACACCUCCAUGAAUGCCACAGUGACCAACGUGAUCGAUGAAUGUGAGAUGGACUUGGUCGCCUUGGUCCUCAACACACUCAAUAUCCUGCUGGGCAUUCCGGGCAACUGCAUUGUGAUCUGGGUGGCAGGUUUCAAGCUCAAGGCAUCUGUCUUCAACAUGUGGCUAAUCAACCUUGCCGUUGCAGACCUAACUUUCUGCUUCACCCGAAUCUUCUCCCUGAUCAAGGUUCUGUUGUCUGACCAGUGGCUCUUUGGCCCAUUCAUGUGCAAGUUAAGCGGCUUCUUCAAGUACAGCAACAUGUUUUGCGCCGUCUUCAUGCUAGCCGUCAUCAGUCUGGACAGGGCAAUGUGCAUCUGGUUCCCCGUGUUUAGCCGGAACUAUCGUACCUUACGUGCCUCCCGGGUGGUGGUCGUGAGCACGUGGGGGUUAGUCAUGCUCGUCAGCGUGCCCUUCUUCGUUUAUCGACGUUUCUGCCACUGCCCCCAGAACUUGGACCGGUGCGGAUCGGGUGACGUGCUCGACGAGCAAAUCAGGACAGCGCUUUAUUUAAUCCGCUUCUUGUGUGGCUUCCUGCUACCCUUCCUGGUCAUUCUGGUCUGCUACACUCUGGCCGGGGUGGGUCUCCUCCGCACCCGCUUGCCGGGUAAGUCACGUAACCUGCGGGUGCUGGCUUUGCUGGUGAGUGCCUUCUUCCUGUGCUGGGCUCCUUACCACAUCCUGCUGCUGAUCAGGAUGGUGAACAGCGACAGCCAGUGGGUUAUUAAACUAUUGCCAGCCGCCAAAGGACUGGCCUUCUUCAAAACCUGCCUCAACCCGAUUCUUUACUUCUUCAUUGGCUUAAAGAUGAACGGAAGGAAGUCUCUGACGGACCUCUACAAGAGCGCAUUGACCGACGACAUUGACCAAGAAGUGGGACAGCUCAAGAUGUCCUCGAGAGAGCCGGUCACAGAUUUGAUUAGGGAAAGGAGCAGCUAA